AUGGAGCCUUUCACCUUCGCAAGCUCAUCGGAGCUGAAGAUCGCCGUGGGUGUAAAGGUGAACCGUCUUGAAGGCUACGAGAAACCGUUGCCAUACUCUACUCUUCUGAAACGCCCUGAUCUUCGACAUCGCGGCAGUAACCUCAGUCCCAACUCGGAGCUCUACAUCACAGUCCAGCCUUAUGCCGAUUCUAAGCCGUUGACAGUCCACACCCAGACACCUUACAAGCACUUCCGGAUUGGUAGAAUAUGGAACCAGUGGCUGCAGCUGCCAGUGAACUACAGUAGUCUGCCUGCCAACACGCAGCUCGCUAUCACGCUAUGGGACUUGUCGCCUAUCAACCCCAAGGGUGGAGACAAGGCUCACCACAUCCCAUACGGUGGUACUACAAUCUCGCUGUUCGAUGAAGAUGCCACGUUACGGACAGGUAGGCAGAAGUGCAAGAUCUGGAGACACAAGGCCGCAGAUGGCUUCUCUAACACGACCACACCAUGGCAGGAGCCGAGGAAGAGGGGUCGACGAGAGCAACCAGAAGAACCAGUCGUGGUCAACGAGAAGCAGAGUCGGAGGGAUGCCGAGCUCGAGCGCUUGGUUGGGUUAAUGAAGAAACACGAGAUGGGCGAGAUACCAGAGAACCGCUGGCUGGACCAGAUGGUCUUUCGUCAGGUCGAGAAGAUGGAGAGGCAGCAGAUCAAGGAAACUACAAAGCCAGCGCACUCGGUCAAGCAUCCUCAUGACGUGUCCAAUGGACAGGAGGCAGAAUCGCUAUGUGCUGAGGGCGAUCCGGAUCAUGUCGACGGAACGUUCUUCCUGUACAUUGAAUUUCCACGCUUCGACCAUCCUAUCGUGUUCACCGACCGUGAAUAUCCGCCUCCACCAGUAUCAUCUGUCAAGAUCGCUCAAGAGCAAGUUCAGACUGGUGUCAACUUCAAGCCGCCUCCUGAAGUCCAUCUAGGUCCUGGCAUCCAGUCUGAUGGUGGGAGCGACACUGAUGCUGGGCUGCCACUAAUCAGUAUCUACGACCCGGAGAUCGGCUAUGUCGAUAAUCCGGCAGAGACUAAGCACCGGCGUCUCAUACGUGGUCAAAGAAAUGCUCUGGACAGAGACCUUAAACCGAAUCCAAAGAUGCGUGACUUCCUCAAUCAAGUCAUGGCGUAUGGUCCUACUGUUGAGCUCAGCGAUAAGGAGAAGGAUGAAGUGUGGCGCUUCAGACAUCACUUGACUCGGGACAAACGGGCACUCACAAAGCUCGUCAAGUCUGUCAACUGGAACGAGCAGAACGAGAGCCGACAAGCCAUCGCUUUGCUGCCGAAGUGGGCUGAGAUUGACAUUGACGAUGCACUGGAGCUGCUUGGCAAGGGUGUGCGCAAUCCUGCCGUCCGGGCAUAUGCCGUUGAUCGACUUCGCAAAGCAGAUGACGAAGAGCUGCUGCUGUACUUGCUGCAGCUGGUGCAAGCACUCAAAUUUCAGCCCAAACUAUCGAAGGAAGAGGACGAGACUGACUCGUCGUUGGCUUCGUUCCUGAUCGCUCGUUCAGCAGCAAAUCUCAAGCUGGGCAACUUCUUGUAUUGGUAUCUUAUGGUUGAGCUGGAUCUGGACGACGCGAUACCUACUCAGAGUACGGCGAAUAAGAAACUCUUUGCUCGAGUAAGCUACGACUUCAUGAAGCUGCUUGAGACUACUUCAGAGGGUCAAGCGCGCAGGAAAAUCUUGCUGCGACAGAGCGAAUUCGUCACCAUUCUUAGCAAAAUUAGCAAGGACAUCCAAUCUGGUAAAGGAGAUCGGCCCAAGAAGAUUGAGCAGCUGAAGAAAGUACUUGCCGAUCCGAAGAAUGACCUACUACGCUUCAACCCUCCCUUACCACUACCUCUUGAUCCCGAGAUCAAGCUCACUGGAGUGAUACCGGACGACUGCAACGUCUUCAAAUCGUCUCUGCUGCCGCUGCUAUUGAAUUUCAAAACGGAGACGGGCAAGACAUAUCCACUGAUCUUCAAGUCCGGUGACGAUUUGCGCCAAGAUCAGCUCGUUAUACAGAUCAUCGCACUCAUGGAUCGACUGCUCUUGAAAGAGAAUCUCGACCUCAAACUCACGCCAUAUCGCAUCCUCGCUACCUCGAUGAUCGCUGGUGCUGUACAAUUUAUUCCGUCCACUCCAGUUUCCAGCAUUCUGCAAAGCACCAAAUACAAGGCAUCCAUCCUUGGCUAUCUGCGAGACCAUAACCCUGCCACGCCAGGAUCGCAGUCGAUUCUUGGUGUCCGCAAGGAAGCAAUGGACAACUAUGUCAAGUCUGUGGCUGGAUAUUGUGUCAUCACCUACCUCUUGGGUGUGGGCGAUCGCCAUCUGGAUAAUUUGCUCAUCACGGAAGAUGGCCACUUCCUCCACAUCGACUUCGGCUACAUCCUCGGUCGCGACCCAAAACCGAUGGCGCCGCUUAUGAAGCUCUCUCGAGAAAUGGUCGAAGGCAUGGGUGGUGGGUCGAACAGCAACGAUUCGCAAUUCGACACGUUCCGGCAGUACUGCUUCACAGCGUAUACCACUUUAAGAAGAAGUAGCUCCCUGAUUCUGAAUUUGUUCAGUCUGAUGCAGGAUGCUGGCAUUCCAGGUAUUGCGGUCUUUGGGGGUGAGCAAGCUGUGAGGAAAGUCGAAGAGAGGUUCAAGCUGGAUGUAGGUGAGGAAGAGGCUGUGCGGUUCUUUGCGCAGAUGAUUGAGAAGGAGAUGGGGGCUUGGGGUCCUGUGCUGAUUGACAAGUUGCAUGGCUUCACUCAGGGGUGGAAGUCGUGA